CCGUAUUGUCACACAAAAGUCAGGACAGCCGAACAAUUUCGAGCCCAAGUAAGCCGGAUCCCAAUCGAACCACUGGAAUCCGGGAACGAUGUACGCCGCCGUGAAGCCGCUGUCCAACUACCUGCGCCUGAAGACCGUGCGCAUAUACGACCCGAUCUUCACGCUGCACUCCAAGUGCACCAUCGUCAUCCUGCUGACCUGCACCUUCCUGCUCUCCGCGAAGCAGUACUUCGGGGAGCCGAUCCUGUGCCUCAGCUCCGAGAAGCACACGGAGUACGUGCAGUCCUACUGCUGGACCAUGGGCACCUACAUCCUGCCGGCGGAGGCCGAGCGCGAUGACACCAGCAGCUGGUCCUUCGCCUUCUACUCACCCACGGGCGCCGCCGAGGCCUUCAACCUGAGCAGCCUGCGCGCCCUGGUGGCCCAGAAUGAGCAGUACGCCCGGCUCAUCUCGAUCGCCGAGGGCGUGGGCCCGGAGACGCGUGGCGUCACCAAGCGGAUGUACCUGCGCUACUACCAGUGGGUCUUCAUGAUCCUGCUCUUCCAGUCGCUGCUCUUCUACUUCCCCUCGUUCCUGUGGAAGGUGUGGGAGGGCCAGCGCAUGGAGCAGCUGUGCUGCGAGGUCGGCGACGCGCUCAUCCUGGAGGUCACCUACCGCACCCGCCUCCAGAUGCUGACCAGAUACUUCCGCGCCCAGUUCGCCCCCAUCCACUGCUGCUACUCCAUCAAGUACGCCUUCUGCGAGCUGCUCAAUCUGCUCAUCAGCAUCCUGAACUUCUGGCUGAUGGACGUGGUGUUCAAUGGGUUCUGGCACAAGUACAUCCACGCCCUGGCCGCCAUACCCGUGUACGACUGGAACCUCUGGAACCUGAUGACGUCGCGCGUCUUUCCCAAGGUGGCCAAGUGCGAGAUGUUCGUCUACGGGCCCAGUGGCACCCCCAACGUCCUGGACAUCCUGUGCGUGCUGCCGCUGAACAUCCUGAACGAGAAGAUCUUCGCCGUGCUGUACGUGUGGUUCCUGUUCAUCGCGAUGCUGGCCACGAUCAACAUCCUCUACCGCCUGCUGCUCAUCUGCUGCCCGGAGCUGCGCCUCCAGCUGCUGCGCACCCACCUGCGCGGCAUGCCCAAGGCGCACGUGCGGGAGGUCCUGGCCAGCGCAGGAUACGGCGACUGGUUCGUGCUCAUGUGCGUGAGCAUCAACGUCAAUCCCUCGCUGUUCCGCGAGCUCCUCGAGCAGCUCUACGCCAAGCAGAAGCAGGCGCGGUCCACGGAGAACGUAUUCGCGGAGGCCAAGCCUCCUUCCCAGCAACUCUCGCAUCCCUCCCAGACCAAGCUGGACAGGAGUCCCAGUCGCAACUGCAGCCUCUCGCUCGAUCCCAUGGCCGAUCGCCACUCGAUGGGCUCCCUAAGCAGUCACCGGCUGGGAGCGAUGCCCACGGCUCCGACCCUCAACUUGAUGGCGCCCAACGACGAGAUCAUCAGCAUGGAUCGCUUCUACCACGAGAGCCACGCAUAGAGUGCCCACUGUUUGCCAGUCAACUUUCUACUAUUUACUACCAAUUUAAUCAAAUGAGCUUUAAUAAGUCGAAUUAAGCACAAGUGAUUUUCAAUUAACUAGGUUAAU